CCAAUUUUGGAAAAGCACGAAGGUUCGAUGAAAAAUCUUACGAAACAAGAAAUUAUUAUCGAAUUGGUGAAGAAGUGUAUCUCUCAUCAUGACGAAAUUCUAAAGUUUGUUACGGAAUUUGAAGACUGUUUUUCGGUGGUGCUCUUCAGUCAAAUGGCAGGCACAAUGUUCGUUAUUUGUUUUUCUUGUCUGCAGCUAAGCAAACUUAAUUCGGUAGAUUCCAACUUUGGACAAUUUGCAAUGAUCCUAAUAGUAAUACUGGCUCAAAUAUAUUUCUACUGCUACUAUGGUGCUACGCUUUCGGAACAAAGCGGGUCACUAAUAGACGCUAUUUACAUGGGUCCAUGGUACACUUACGACGUGAGAACCCAAAGAACCCUUUUAACAAUAAUGGAACGUUCAAAAAUACCUGUGACAAUUACUGCUGGAAAACUAGUCGAUUUAUCUCUGCCUACUUUCACUACAAUUCUAAGGAGGUCGUAUUCAUUAAUCGCUAUCAUGAAAAAUUACCAAUAGUCCCGGCUUACAUUAUUAUAAUAUUUAUAUGCAAAUUGUAAUAUCUUACAUCAAAAUAA